UUCCUUUGGCUUGUCCUGUCAAUCUUCUUCUUCUUCUUUUCUGUACUAUUUCCCAUCACAUCUUUGCCGCCUUCCUUCAAAAUGCCAUUGUUCCUGUAACUCUUCAAUGUCUGACCCAGCUGCCAGAGUCCGUCUCGUUCGCUGUCCAAACUGCCAAAAUCUCCUUCCCGAGCUCGCCGCAUACUCUGUUUACAGUUGCGGUGGUUGUGGCACUGUUCUCCGAGCUAAUACUGGAGGAUUUCCGGAGGAAACUAUUUCAGAAAAAUCUGUUGACAUUCACAACUCUUUUAAUGGGUCUGAAUGGGAGGAUGAUAUUUUCAGUAUCAAAUCAGGCAAACAAAAAAUUAUAUUGGAAAACAAUUCUGAUGAUGUAGUAAACAACUGUUUCGAUUCAAAUAGACAUGAUGUUCACGAAUCUAGAAGAACAAGAAAGGCUUAUGAAAUCAGAAGAAAUCAGAAUUUGGGAGUUGACCAUGUAAAAUACUCAGAUGGAAGUUCAUCAGGUUAUCACCAAAUCAAUACAUCUUAUCAGAAUGAGUAUAAGGAACAAAACCCAUCUGAGCUGCUUCUGAGGAAAUUAGACGAAUUAAAGGAUCAAAUCAAUAGAUCUUAUCAGCUUCAAGAAAAAGCUAAAGAAAAUGUUCCUUAUAUGCAUAGGCUUCAUCAUACGAAUCGCCACAAUGAGACAUUUGAGUAUAACCGCCAAUCUGCACCUAGGAAUAUGAUGCUACCUUCAAGUGGAAGGCGUUGCCUUCCAAUAUCAGGCGGUUCGCCAUUUGUUACAUGUUAUAAUUGUUCUGAGCUGCUGCAAGUUCCUAGAAAGGUCCUCUUUUUGGAGAAAACCCGAAAGAAAAUGCAAUGUGGUUCUUGCUUGGUCGUCCUCCUCUUGGAAAUUGUUAAUAAAAGACUUGUCAUUUCUUCUUGUGAACAAUCCCAUGUCAUGAAUGAAGAUUCUUCAAGGUUUAAUCUUUCCUCUGAUGAUUAUGACCAUAUUCAUUAUACAAAUGGAAACCCAAAUUCAUCUUCAAGAGUUCACGCUUAUUCAAUGGACCAUAAGGAAUCUGAUCGCGUUGAAAAGAUUCCCGUAAAAAUCAAACCACCUCCACCUCCACCUCCUAAAGGUUCGCCUCUUCAAGAUUACUUUGAAUAUUCAAACGUUUAUCGGACUGUUGAAAAAUUUGAUGAUGGAAACCAAAGAGGACUGUCAGAAGAGGCUUCUUUAGCAACUGAAAUUGAUGUUUCAUUUGAAUACACAAAUACUGGGACAUCUCAAGAAUCAGGAGGUUCAAGAACAUCAUCACUGUUUGCUGGGUUCAAGAAGAGUAUUAGGGAUUUUUCCAAAUCCAGCCAUGGAUCUGAUCAAGAAACAAUAAAUGUUGUGGUUAAUGGUCGUGCUAUAUCAGAUCGUUUGGUGAGGAAGGCUGAAAAACUUGCUGGACCAAUCCAACCAGGAAACUACUGGUACGAUUUCAGAGCUGGAUUCUGGGGAGUGAGGGGCGGACCUUGUCUAGGCAUUAUUCCUCCAUUUAUUGAAGAACUAAACCAUCCCCUAGAGGGGAAUUGUGCUGGUGGAGAAACUGGUGUCUUUGUGAAUGGUAGAGAACUCCAUCCAAAAGAUUUCAAUCUACUUUGUAGUAGAGGUUUACCAAGGGAAACAAACAGGUCAUACAUAAUUGAAAUGUCUGGAAGAGUUUUGGAUGAGACCUCUGGUGAAGAACUUGAAUCCCUUGGAAGUCUUGCUCCCACUGUCCAGAAGAUCAAGCGUGGAUUUGGGAUGAAACCUCGAAUAGUUGCUGCAUGAUUUUUUUCCCUUUCGGUUCAUUUGGAGAUGAUUGACAAAUACUCUCGAAAAAAACUUCAGAAGGUAUUCAGUUAAUUGUUUCCAUAGAAAACAAUAAAAUAUUUGGCUCAUUUUGAAUGUUUCAAUUGUGUCCUAAAUAUCAAUUUCAUUUUGAUUGAUUUCUUGAUUAUUAAUUAUUCUUGUCAAAAUGUUGCUCUCCAAUUCAGUUGAAUGUUUAUCUUAUCCAUAACA